AACAAACUGCGGAAAAUGGCGGCGGUGAUAGCGGAGACAACAAAGAUGGAGAUAGUGGUGACGGUGAUGAUAAUGGAGGCAAUGAAAAUGGAGGGAGUGAUGGUAGUGAUGGUACUGAGAACGGAGGAGAGAGUGAUGGUAGUGAUGGUACUGAGAACGGAGAUGGAGAGAGUGAUGGUAGUGAGAACGGAGGCAAUGAAGAUGGAGAGAGUGGUAGUGGUAAUGGAGGGAAUGAAGACGGAGAAAAUGGUGGCAGCGGAGAUAGUGCUGGGGGUGGUGAUAACGGAGGAGGCAAUGAGGAUGGGGAUAGUGCCGAGGGUGGUGAUAACGGAGGAGGGAAUGAAGAUGGGGAGAAUGGUGACAACGGGGAUAGUGCCGAGGGUGGUGAUAACGAAGGAAAUGGAGAUGGAGGCGAUGAGGCUUUCAGAAAAUCAACUAAACAUAGCCCAGAAGUUUCCCAUUAAUGUUAUUAACUUUGAGAUGAAGAUAAAAGACAUGCAUAUAUAUAAAUAAAUAAAGCGUGUAUAAAGCCAUUAGAAGAGCUGAUGAAAGCACGCCAUGCAUGUCUCUUCAAAUUUAUGAUGAAAUCGCCGUCUUACCAAAUGUUUAAAAUGAAUGAGUAAGUACGGGUAUUGUGUUAUUGGGAAAUAGAUGUUAUCUGAGUUUUUUCUUUGUCAAGGCUCACUUCGUGUUUAGUUUUUAUACUUUGUGCUUGAGAUAUAUGGGGAAAGUAUAUGGGGAAAAGAGGGAGGAAGAAGGGUGGUGGGGCGGAGGAGCGAGAAAUGAAGGAGAAUGUAAGA